AUGGAAGGAGAGGAUGAUAGCAGUUGCGCGAUCCCAGGGGCUUCGCUUGGAGCCCUCCCGACGCCGGCAUAUAGGGCCUCUUUCCAAUUGGGGAGCUUCUUCCAUGGGGAUGAGGAUAUUGGGUGGGACGACACCACCGCGGCAAGGAGGCGUGAGGAGUUGCAGCAGUGGGGGUCUGAGGGUCCUCCCGCAUCGGCUACGGAGGCGCAGGGACCAAGGGAACGAGAGAAAGACCCGAAUUGCCCCCCCCCACCACAGGGAGCUGCGCUACUGCUCGGCUCAUGCCAUCGCUUGGCACGGGACAUGCAGGCAUACGGGGAGGCUGCUAGGGAGGACAUGCGGCAGCUAUUGGUGGGUGAUGGCUUGGCGGGAAGGAUGUCCCUCACCUUUGACAUCUGGACCAGUGAGAAUAACGUGGCCUUCAUGGGGGUGACUGCCCACUGGGUCACCAGCGACUUCCAUCUGAAACAGGCUGUUAUCGAUUUCGGGGAGCUGAAGGGCUCUCAUACGGGGGACUUGAUAGCCGAUGAGCUGGAAGAGGUGUUGACGGAGUGGGGCUUGGAGAAGAUGCUGUUCGCCGUGAUGUGUGACAACGCCGAGAACAACAGCAAGGCGAUGCGUCUGCUGGCCGGUGUGCUUGACCGCACGCCGGGCUCACAGCCCAGGCACCCUCCACUGCUUAGUCGCUGGAGGCACUUCAGGUGCGUGGCGCAAGUCGUCAACCUUGCAGUGCAGGAUACACUGAAGGUUGACGAGGUGGCCGAGCCACUCAAGAGGCUGCGAGAUGUGGCGAACUUCAUCGGGUGGUCCACGCUGCGUACAGAUCGUUUCUUCAAGCUGCAGAGGGGAUACGCAACGACCCGGCCCCAGGGUCCUCCAGCCGUUGUACCGCAGUACAACGCGCUGAUUGAUCUGCAGGAGAAGGCGCAGCUCACUCUUUCCAUCUCCCCUCAGCGCUCAUCGCUGAUCACUGCUGCUAUGAGCAAGCUGGAGCGACACAUGGGGGGUGUGAGCAAGGAGGCAGCGUUAGCCACAUUCCUGGACCCGCGCCAGAAGCUCGCACCUUUCAACCACCGAGCGAGGGCAGCGGAGGGGAAUUCGAGAGGGGCAACACUGGAGCUAGGCCCUGAUAGGGUGAAGGCCCUGGUACGGGCGCGCCUUCUAGAGUACCAGGCAGCCAGCACUACGGCACAGGGCAAUGGUGGGGAGGUGACUAGUGCGAGGGGUGCAGGGGUGCAUGCGUCGGCAGGGGGUAGGGCUGUGGAUGCAUCGGCAAAGGUCAGCAUCCAGUCUCAGCUUCGUGGCAUCCCCGCACCACGGCCACUGCGGUCCCUCCGCCGCCGCCCCGCUCUCCCUCGCCGCGACCCCGCGUCGCCCCUUCCCCGCGCCAGCACCGCCGCGGCAUCGACGCCGCUGCCGUCCGCGCCCUCCCGCGCCGCGACCCCACGUUGCCGUGUCCCCGCGCCUCCGCCGCCGCGGCCUCGACGCUGCCACCGCCCGCGCCCUCCCUCGCCGCGACCUUCGUCACCGCAUCCCCGCGCCCGCACCGUCGCGGCCUCUUCGCCGCCGCCGCCACCGCCCGCCUUCGCCUUCGCCCCAACCCCGUCGCCGCAUCCCCGCGCCAGCGCCAGCGCGGUCCUCUCCGCCGCCGCCGCCCGCGCUCUCCCUCGUCGUGACCCCGCGUCGCCCCUUCCCCACGCCUCCGCCGCUGCGGCCCCGACGUCGCGGCCGCCCGCUUCCUCCCACGCUACGACCCCACAUCGCCGCGUCCCUGCGCCUCCGCUGCCGCAGCCUCGACGCCGCCACCGCCCGCGCCCUCCCUCGCCGUGGACCCCGUCGCCGCGUCUCCGCGCCCACGCCGCCGCGCCCUCGACGCCGCCGCCGUCCGCGCCCUCCCUCUCCGCGACCUCCGUCGUCGCAUCCCCGCGCCCAUGCCGCCGUAACGUCGACGCUGCCGUCGCCCGCGCCCUCCCUCGACGCGACCUCCGUCGCCGCAUCCCCGCGCCAGCACCGUCGCGGCCCCUCUGUCGUUGCUGCCCGCGCUCUCCCUUGCCGCGACCCCGCGUUGCCACUUCCCCGCGCCUCCGCCGCCGCGGCCCCGACGCUGCCGCCGCCCGCGCUCUCCCCUUGACCGCAGCGGAUCCACCUGCGGUCAUCAUCCAUGGCCACCCCGUCACCUCCCCCUGCACCCCUCCCUCCUCCCAUCGACACCUCCUCCGUUGA